AUGACGGGCACUGAACGGAAGGUUUUCCAGAAGUAUUAUCCGCCGGACUUUGACCCCUCGAAAAUCCCAAGAGCUAAAGGACAGCGUAAUAGACAGUUUGUACAGCGUGUUAUGGCUCCUUAUAAUAUGCAAUGUGACACUUGCCAUGAAUACAUAUAUAAGGGGAAAAAGUUUAACAUGAGACGUGAGACAGCGGAAGGUGAAACUUAUUUGGGGCUGAAAAUCUUCCGGUUUUAUUUUCGAUGUCCAAACUGUUUAGCCGAAAUAACAUUUAAGACGGAUUUGGAAAAUUGUGACUAUCAGCAAGAGCAUGGAGCAACUCGUCUUUUCGAAGCCUUCAAGUUGUAUCAGCAGGAGGAAAAAGCAAAAGAAACGAAAGAGGAGGAAGAAAAGAAGGACCCCAUGAAAAUGCUUGAAAAAAGAACAAAAAUGAGCCGAGCCGAAAUGGAAGCAUUAGGUAAAUUAGAGGAAUUACAAGAGACAAAUCGGCGACAUGAAACGUUUGGCCCAGACCAGUACUUUCAAAAUUUAGACGGAACUCAAGCAGAAGCUUUACGGCUGCAGGAAGAAGAUGAAAAAUUCAUCCAGAAAUUAUACGGAAGAACGGAAGACGGCAAAAUUAUUAAACGAAUACUGGACGAUGAAAACAAAAAUAUGGAUUCAUCAGUUCAUGCGAAAUUAGAAAUAAAGCAUGAGCCUGUGGAUGAAGACCAAAAACCAAGCUGUUCGUCUACUGACGUAAUGAAUCUGAGACCAGGUCCACCAAGACAAGGUGUUAUGGUGGCACAUAAACGAACAUCGCAAAGGGAACUUUUAUCAAGAAUUGUUGCUGUUAAGAAACAAAUGAAAAAAAAUAAGCCGGUGAUUAUAAAAACAGAAAUUCAAGAUGCAACUAACAGUCCUGAAAAUUCACAAGAACAUUCCACGUCAAAACAAUUUGAAACACAUAAUAGGGAAUCACAACCUAUUUCACCAACAUCAACAUUGUCUGCCCUUCAAGGCUUGGCUGAUUACUGUAGUGAUUCUAGUAGUGAUUAA